AUGACUAUGCUUGCCCCAGUUUGCAAAACUGCGACUAUCCGAAAACUAAAGAGAUCACAUGCUGAAUUGGAAUCGCAAGAAGCCAUCUGCGUCCAGCCCAGUCGACCAAUUCUCCGAUCAGCUUCUGUCGUCCGAACAAAGAGACUUCAGCCCAGUGUCUCCGAGACACUCUACAAGUCCUACACCGAUGACCAGCCAAACAAGCUCAUCUUUAACAGAGGUCAGCUCAAGUUGGUUGUCUGCGGGUCUGAGAACCGAUUGGCGGUCACUGUCUUGGAAGCCCGAUCAAUCCAGUCCAAGUUUCCAGGCACGACGAUGGUCCUCGAAGCUCACCUUCUUCCCAGUCCACAUCCUGAAAUGGGCCAAGUCUCAGAGCCCAUCAAACCAAAUGCCAGCAACAUUAACAAAACAUUUACAUUCGAUAUCAACGAGCGACUACAGUCUGGAACAAAGCUCUUCAUUCGAGUUUAUCUCCAGAAAAAAGGCGAUGCCGAGCCCAAGUUCGUCGGAUGCAUGUCUUUCGGCGCACGCAAGAUCAUCCAGGAGCAAUCCAUCAUUAAGGGCUGGUAUUAUCUCCUCUCUGAGAAUCUCGGCCGCAGAAAACAUCUCGCAGUAUCCAAGACACCGGAUAUUUACCCAUCAGGACACGUUGCUCAAAAGAUGGCGAUUCGAAAGCCCGUCCAAUCCGUCUGCGACUGGUCGAAUUCUACCUCUUCCAGCUCCGCUUUCUCGUCAAUCGUAGCCGGAGACAUCAAUGGUGACCGACGAGUUCGAUGGCGCGACAACCACAUGAUCCCACUUCCACUUUGCUCGACACCGAAGAGCCCGCGACGAGUUCCAAGCCCUCUUUUCGAAGAAGGAUUCUCGCUUCACGGACAGGACAUCUCAGUUCAAGCCGAGCAGGUUGAAAUCAAAGAGCUCACGAUUCGAAGAGGAUGGUGCGGUUUUGGCUUUACCCUCGUUGGUGAAUGCCCGGCUAAAGUAGAAACCGUCUUUGAAGAUUGCGUCGCAGCUCAAGUUGGAGUAAAGAGCGGAGACAGCAUUCUAUCCGUAAACGGACAGUCUGUCGCCGAACAAAACGCCGCGAGAGUAUCAGAAGCGAUCCUGAGAACUGUCAGCGAUCUUCACUUGGAGGUCGAGAGAGAAAUCCUCAACAACGGCUCUUCCAAGUUCUCCAAACAGCGGGCACAAGAGACUCAGUCCCCUCGAAAAAUUCAAAAGUUCAAUUUUUCUGACGACGAAGAAGAGAUCCUGGACGAUGCAGGAGAGGCUUCGGCUCCUCCAAAGCCCGAAAUCAUGGAGGAGAGUCCACGCCAGGGACGACUUGGUGGCAUGAACAAUUUGCUUAAAUUCGACGAAUGUCUGAAACCCCUUCGUUUGCUCGCUGAUGGACGCGAUUUUGUCUACUCCGGAGCUGUUUUCGCUACUAUUUCAGGCGUGGCUCAACCUCAGCGAGUGUGGAUCAUCCUUCUCACAGACAUGAUGAUCAUCACCGAGUACGACUCCAUGGAGAAGCGUUAUGUAAUCAUCGAGGAGCCCAUUCGUCUUCGCCAAGUGACCUUGGACUACGAAGCUUUUGGCCCAGAUGGAACACCAGAUUUGACAUGGAAAAUCUCAAUCGACGAAGAACAGGGCUUCGGACCACGAAAGUACACCUUCAAGGCUGACAGUGCUGAAUUAGCCGCUAUGUGGAAGUGCUCAAUCAGCAGACAAAUCGACCUCGCCCGACGCAGCCAAGUCGAGACAAAUGAUAGAACCCCGUCAAGGUGCAGAAGCGAAGCUGACAUGAAUGCAUACGACGUUGCCGCCGACUCCUUGCCACGAGGCGGAUCGACAAAAAACCGAAGAAAAUCCUUUGGCCCUGCUAGAAUCGACCUUGCCUUCGUCAAGCUUGUUUCCGGCGCUCGAGAAACCAUCAGAAACCGACGAAGAAACUCCACUACGAAUGCAUUAGAGAUUCCCCGCUUCUCGCCCUUUCAAGAGCAAGGAAAGUCAUUUGACGAGCAACAAGAGGACGAAUACUUCACCUUGAAGUCGUCCUCAUCGUCAUCAAAUCUCGCAGGGGCAAAGGGCCAAUCCAGAAAAUCCCAGCUCCAAGCAGACCAUCGUUUUCUUUCCAAGCACGCGAGCAGCUCCAACCUCGACCAGAUGAACACCUCUGGCGACUCCGGCGAAGGGGCCCUCAGCGGCGAGAGAAAAUCUCUUCCAGAAAAAGUUAACUUCGCCGCCACUUGGGUCAGUGCAAAGCUCCUCAAGAAGCACAGAGAACGAAAAGCCCGCCGACUGGAAUCUGAGGCCAACUUGGGGCAGUUGCCUAUCAACGGAACUUCCGCCCUCGACCGACUUGUCGAAAGCGACCUUUGCGCCAUUCGAUUGGGCCUUGCUGAUACGAUCGCCUGCGAAGCAAGCCUUUCAGCCUUCAGAGAAUUCUUGGCCAAAGAACACUCCGAAGAGAAUUUGUGCUUUUGGCUCGCUUGCGAAGAAUACAAGAACUUCGAAGAACUCCGAGAUGAAAAAGCGACUCAAAUCCUUGAGCAGUUUAUCUUGAGCGGCGCUGAACAAGAAAUCAACAUCGACUCCGAGACGAAGCGCCUCGCCAUUUCAGGCCUCGAAGCCUCUCCACCCGAUGCGCUCUGUCUGGUCAAGGCACAAGAACACGUCUUCAAACUCAUGCAGACCGAUACAUACAUGCGUUUCCUGCGAACUCUCCCCCCACUUCCUCAAAAAGUUGAAAAAGAUUGGGACCUGCUGCCGGCUAAUCCGAUGAGUGCAACAGCUAAUCCAAAAGCAAAAGAAGUCGUUAUCAGAAUACCUAGCUAUAAAUCCACUGUCACCAAUGUCUCCGAUUAUAAACAACAGCCAUAUCAUGGAUUCUGCUUCCCCCUAACUGACGGAUCAAAUGUGGCCAGUCCUAGGAACUCAACUGAAUCAAGUAAUCCACCAGAUCCGAGCAAACCAUUCGUUAUUACGUCUCCUCAAACUGCCAGGCGCACGCCUGUGCGCGUAGGAGAUCCUCUCCGAAUCGUCGUGCCAUCCGGUUCCGCCAUCGAGCUUGGCUCUCCAAAGUCCUUGAGAAGAUCCACAAGUAAUGAAUCAAACUAUUCAACGCAGUCCUACCAAAGUCAAUCGUCCAAUACAACGAUGUAUAAUCAGCAAAAGUCGCCUGUAAAUGCUCAAAUGCGCACAUUGAAUGGAAAUCGCCCAUUUGUCCAGACUAUCAAUCAGAACUCAAAUGAUUUGAACGGAAAUGGUCGUCCAGAGUUCAGCAUCACUGUUGUUAAUAAUAAAUCACCACAAACAGGAGAGCGUAAUUCAACGUCACCGUCGCCGUCGUUAUCAUCGUCACCGAGCAGCUCACGCACGACAAAGGCUUUUAGCUCAAAUUCUGCCCUAAAUAGCUUUAUUCCGCCCGAGCAGCGUACAAUUUCCAAGAGGAUUUCCCCACCGGGCCAGAAGGGGCUCCUCGACCGGUCGACCGCGCGAAAUAUCAUCACUGCGCAUUUGAACCAGAUGGUCCCCACCAAUGAUAACUCAAGCCAAGGUUCUUUUAUAUUAUUUUUGAUGAUUGAAAUCAACGAAGAUCCAACAUCUCCCGGAGUCAAAGGAGCGAAUAAUUUGCGCAAGGCGCCAAGAGUUCACGGUCAGACUCAUUCUUGGCUCGCUCAAGCUGCAGAGAGUCUUCAUUAUUUGGAGAAAAGCAGGAAUAUUGGACACAGAGAUGUAGGCGAAAGCAGAUCCGUUCCUUUAGAAAAUCAUAAUAAUCCAAAUCAUUCCCCAGUUCAACGUAGCUUAUCUCAGGAGCCAUCAGAAAGAGCAGUUAAGAUGAGAACGUCUGUUUAUAUUCCAAAUAUGUCUGGAAACAGCCUCGCAUCACACCAGCAAGAGAGAGUCAAGCGUAGAAGAAGUCUCACAAAAACAUCGAUGCACGAACUUGGUGUGGAAGAUUUGCGGCCAUGGGCUCAGCCCCCGCCAAAAUCGCCAAUUCCUCCUAAAUCGCCGUCGACAGAUAGAACUUUGGACCCUUUCUUGGCUCUUGCCAUGAAGAACAUAUCACCGCCGCCAGCAGAAACCACGACGAAUACAUCCUCUCCUGAGCCCAGAAAAAGUCCAGUGCAAAAAGUUUUGGCUCCUACCGGACCAUCAAUUAAAGCUCCGAAGGUUUCGCUUGAUUGUCCAGAUCGCCCGACGAUGCGAGCACUUUUAGAUGACUUGGAUAACAUAACGAUUCAGGCGCAUCAAGAAAUUGAUAAGUUUAAACUCGAAGAUCAACGCAAUAAAGCACUGAAAGAGCCAAAUCCAAUCACAAUUCAAGUGCCAACAGUCAAGUCAAAAUUCAUCCCUUCAUCAAUUCAACAGCAAUCUUCUCAAAAGUUCCAGCAAAAACCGUCUGCAGUCCAAUCUCCUCCGCCAUCUUUGAAGUCAGCAGCUCUUCAGAAAAGUCCUACUCCCCAAGAAGAUCAAUUAACGAAGCGAACGACAUCUCCUGAAUUAAAACGCACUUCACCUCCGUCCCAAUCGGCUCAAAAUGCAAUUUCAGCACCAAAGAUAAUUCGUAGCUCUGUUGGAACAACUAAAACGAGCACUCAAACAGCACCAUCGAAGCAAGAUAAAACCUCAUUUAUUGGCGGAUCAUCAAGACUGAGCCAGUUGAAGAACAAAUUGCAGAAUAAGAUCAAAUCAACCCCUCAAGAGCCAACAAAACCGACAUCCGAAGCUCCCAAGACAGCUGCCGUUAAAAUUUCACCAGUGAAUUCGCCAGAGCCAGUUUCUUCGAAGUCUCCACCACCUCAAAAGGAAGCACCAGUGGAAAAGCUGAAACCGGUCGAACAACAAAAGAAAGAUAUCUUACCUGCUUCUUUCGCACCAGAGCCAGUGUCGCCCAAAAAAGUCGAGUUCGCAGAAAAUUUGGGUUCGGUAGAAAACUCUGCACAGUCGGUCAAAGCAUGGCAAGAAUCUCCAGAAAGAAAAACUGCGAAUAUCAUGGCGCAAAUGAUGAAAAAAGUUGCGGAAGACGAGCAAGCGAAAAGCCAGCCAAAACCAGGAGUUACUCCAGUAGCGCAAGUUGAAGCCCCUAAAAAACGACCGCAAGCAAUCACCCGUCAAGAGCCGAAAUCGACGGUCGAGAAAGAUCUCAACAGGUUGUUGAAUCCUUCAUUCACACCACCGGCACAGGAAUCUAAACCUGUAGCAAAAUCGGCACCUUCCAUACCUGCACCAACGAAGCCUCAGCAACGACCUCUUCCGAAGAAAUUUCCACCUGUUGAUAAAUUCCAUUUCCCAUUUGGAAAGCCCCGUCCAGCCGGAGAAAUGAGCGGAUAUCUUCAAGCUAUCGACGAAUACGCAAAGAAAAAUAGGAAGCAAGAGUUUUUCAUGAAAGACAUGGGCCCGCUGGUAAAAGAAAUGAAACUUCCGUAUUACUGGAAGGAUCCAUUAUUCCGCGCGUGUGGAGGAAAGAGUGGCGGGAAAAUAUCCAUUUUUCAACUUGGUUCGACUUGGAAAAAAAUAUGCGAGACGCGCUUCGAUUCAGAGAGCCAGCUCAUGGCCCUACUCACGAAUGGGAUGACGCGCAAUUAUUUAAUUCCUAGCGACUUAACUCCUCUCAUAACGGACGUCAUUGAAACGCAUCCUGGACUUGAAUUCCUCAGGAGUGCCCCAGAGUUUCACACUAGAUACGUUACUACUGUCAUUGCUCGCUUAUUCUAUACUGCCUCCGCCUGGAACAAAAAACUCACUCUUCCGGGGCUUCGGAAAUCCGAGUUUGCACAAGUCCUGAACUCAUUGGAUGCGCUGGAUGAUAUCAACAAUGAGCAGCGAUUCUUCAGCUAUGAGCACUUCUAUGUCAUUUAUUGCCGCUUCUGGGAGCUUGACUCCGAUCAUGAUCUCAAAAUCGGGCCUACGGAUUUGUCAAAAUAUGGUGAUUAUAGUAUUUCUGUAAAAGCAAUCGACCGAAUUUUAUCCGGCACAGUGACGACUAAACGGCGUGUAAUGGAAUAUUCGGAAUUUGUAUGGUUUAUAAUGUCAGAAGAGGAUAAAAGUACGUCAACAUCGUCGGAGUAUUGGUUCCGCGUGAUGGAUAGAGACGGGGAUGGUGCAAUAACGAUCGACGAUUUGGAGUUUUUCUAUGCUGAACAGGAAACUCGACUGCGGACUCUUGGAGUAGAACCCUUACCGUUCAUUGAUUUACUCUGCCUGAUGCUGGAUUUGGUCAAACCAGAGACGAAACACAUCAUAGCCCUCCGCGAUCUCAAGCAAUGUCGUCUUCAGCAUAUCUUCUUUGAUACAUUCCUCAACGCUGAAAAAUAUCUCGACAGAGAGCAGCGUGAGCCUUUUGACGGAAAUCAAGACUGGAACUGGGCUCGCUGGGCAACCGAGGAGUAUUCCUUGCUUGUUGCUGAUGAAGACGAAUAA